AUGUCCGCCCUCCUCCGCCAAACACGACCAUUGCGGUCCCUCCCCUCUUUCACCCCCUCAAGACCCAGGCCCCUCCCCCGAAACUUCUAUCCCCGCACCCAAAUCCCCCCGCGACCACGCCUCUCCAGAUCCUACGAAACCAACCCCUUUGCCUCCCACGAAAAAGCCAACAUGCGAGUCCUUUACGCCCUCAUGGCGGUCAACGUCUCCGUCUUCGGCUACGCCAUCUAUGUCAGAGAAGCAGCCAGGCAAGGCAACAAGCAACCCUGGUUACAUUUCAUCCGCAACAUGUCGCUCAACCUCGAUGAUGUCCGCCAGGGCCACUGGUGGCUCUUGUUCACGAGUACGUUUACCCAUAUCGACCUCAGCCACAUAUUCAGCAACUUGUUCACCGUCUUCUUCCUCGGUCGCUUCCUCGCUAGACACCCCAUCAUCACUCCGACUCGCUACUUCGUCAUCGCUAUGGGCAGCGGCCUCAGCGGCUCCUUUGGCUGGUUGGCAAAUCGCUAUGCGCAGGAGCGGAAUCCCCUCAGCAGAAAGUAUGUGCGUGGCUUGGGCUUUUCAGGUGUCGUCAUGGGGAUUAGUAGCGUAGCCGCUUGUUUGAUGCCCUCGGCCAAAGUCCACUUGUAUGGUAUCAUUCCAGUUCCCAUGUGGGCCCUCGUCGCGGGUUAUGCGGCCUAUGAUGGCUACUAUCUCAACGAUGAAACGUCGAAGGUGGGACAUGCAGGGCAUCUUGGCGGGUCGGCGUUUGGCAUUGUAUACUACUUUACGAGGCUAAGGGGCCUGAGGUUCUAA